UUCAAUGGAUUCACAUUCACAUCAUGCUGAAACCCUAAUUUCCGCGACAUCCAGCCUCCUCGCCUGCGGGCGUUCUGAGAGGAGGAGACUGAACCCCGUGGACUGUCUUGGAUUUGGAUUUGCAUGAUGUAUAGACUUUGCGGGCCAGAUUUGCUCGAUGGUCUCAUCCUUCAGACGCUAUGGACUGUAAUUUCAUGGUCGGAGAACUUGAGGGAUUAAUCGAUUGAUCGAUGAUUCCUUUGCUUCUCACCCGAGGGCUUUAGUCGUCUCUUCCUCAGGGCUCUGAAUAUAUACCAUUGUUUCGAGCUCAAGACAAUCAAAUCUCAAUCUCAAAAGUGAUUUUCGCCAUGGACGGUCAUUACCACUUACAAUUUUCAAGUGUCAGACGAAGAGCUUCUUAACAGCGAACGCUGCCGGACGUACUGUACUUACCAUUCCUGGAACAGGUAAGCAUUAGGGCAACAAAUCCAUGGAGGAAUUACCGCACAAACCCGAUGAGGACCAUCUCCGACCCACAUUGUACUCUCUCAAAAGCCGUGUCUCGUUGGUGGCCCGCGAAGGGGACGUAUGCUUCAGUACGGUUUUGCAUACGGUAGUGAUCACAUUCAAGUCAAGCUAGUUGUCAUCGGAAGCAAAACAAAUGAGUAAGCGAGAGUUAAACCCGGUUGAAUCCGCCGGAGUCGGGGCACUGUCAGGAAUCAUUGAAGUCGUGCUUCAACAACCCUCUGUUUCUGUGAAAAACGCCAUCCAGGACAAAAAGCCCAUUUCUUUUAAUCCAAGAGUUCUAUACAGAGGACUCAGUGUAAAUGCCGGAAGUAUAGCUCCUGUCAGUGCUGUACAAUUUGGGGUGAAUUCUUUUCUGGAGAAAAGCUUGUCAACUCCGGCAUCAACCGUUCAGAAAGGAGUCAUUGCUGGCAUUGCGGGAAUGGUGUCGGCUUUCUGCUCUGGUCCUGCUGAACUAAUUAUGAUCCAGCAACAGAGAACGGGCUUGAAUCUUAUUAAACAGAUACAGACGGUCAACAGGAAAUACGGAGCUUUGUGUUUUUUUCGUGGAUUGCCUCCAACAUUGGUAAGAGAAGGCUUCUUCACAGCGGCAUAUCUGGAUGUAAAUCCACUUCUUCAAGAGAAGUUUCAAGCUGCCGCCAGUUUUAAAGAUCGACAGACGCUGGCGACGGUCCUUGCUGCUGUCGUUUCCGGAUCUCUUUCCACGUUUAUCACCCAUCCUUUCGAUACCAUAAAAACCAGGAUGCAAGCCAAUUUAAACCUUCAGAAAUACAGAACCGUAACCUCUACAGCUAAGGUCCUCCUGCAAGAAGGAGGAAUGGCAGCCUUCUACUCUGGACUAAUUCCUCGGACUCAACGUAUCAUCUGUGCAGUUUUCAUAUUAGGGGAGGCAAAGACACACCUCACUGAAUUGUAUCUGAAGCAUUUUGGAUGAGUCAAAAUUGCAGGAAGCCUGUAUAGUUCUUGGUCAAGCCAGCAUCUAAUGCGCGCAUGGGUUGUAGUCUUAGAAUCACUGUCAAAGUAAAUUGGAUUAGUUUGUUAUACUGACUUCUCUCCUCAUUGCAUCGGUAACUCCUCGGGUUCAUGGGGUGUACUUCGGCUCCUAAAGUCUUUGGAACUUUAAUCUAAAAGGAAUCCCGGAAUCAGUCGAUAAAGUAGAACCUUGUCUUUUGAUAGAACCAACACACCUCGGAAACUGUCCAUUGUCUUCAGGGAAGUGUACGAUCCAAUUUUUUAUACAGUACCUGUGUCAAUUUCGGACUGAAGUAACCAGGGGCACACUAACACAGGUUUGCUUUCUCAACCCCGCGUAAAAAAAAAUACCUCAGGAGAAUUGAAAUGGCAAGUGUCUGCUGACUGUACUUGCAAGAUGUAAUAACCGCAAGCUUUGGAGUACACCCCAUAUAUUCUACAAAGAAACAGGGGAAAAGAUGUGAUAUCAAAGAGUGUUCCGAUAUCUCGUGUCUUUCUAUUGGAGGGUAAGAUUUGGUACUUAAAGUAAUAAACGGGUUGACUUAAAUGUACACUUUAUGGUUCAUCAAUAUAUUGAUAGCUUAACAAAUUACCA